AUGCAAUGCUGCUGCAACGCUGUCCUUUUGCAUCCUGAAUGCCACAGAACGCGCUACUUUCAGCCACCAAGGUUUUCGCUUACUCCACCUUCCCAACUAGAAGAAGAACCAGUCUCUCACGACGGAAAAUCCAAACUAAUAACCAGCGCUUCAAACCCAUUCGUGAAGCACUGCCUCAAACUCCGUAACAACUCUUCUUAUCGCCACUCUCAUGGUUCUGUUAUUCUUGUCGGAUCUACACCUAUCAGAGAGAUCUACAAGUUUCAAGAAUCAACGCAAGAUAAAAAUGUUACCAUGGAUUGCUUAAUUCUUCCGGAGAAAGCUGAAAUUCCCAAUGGGUUCGAUGAAUCCACUGAUUCUAUUGUCCGUGUGAGCUCCAUAGUAAUGAGAAAGAUUUCAGGUCUGCAGUCUACUGAUUCAAUUGAUGCAGUUGGCCUCAUGAAAAUUCCUGCAAGCUUUUUAAACUUAGAUGAGACUCUAACUCACUGCCACAACUGGUUUCCAUCUGCACAUCGUAUUUUAGUCCUAGAUGGUAUUCAGGAUCCUGGUAACCUCGGUACAUUGCUCAGAUCAGCCGUUGCCUUUAGAUGGGAUGGAGUUUUUCUACUUCCUGGAUGCUGUGAUCCGUUCAACGAGAAAGCACUUCGAGCUAGCAGAGGCGCCUCCUUUCAGCUCCCUAUAGUUUCCGGAAGUUGGAGUCAUCUGGAGUCUCUCAAAGAAGAAUUCCAAAUGAAAUUGCUUGCUGGGCAUCCAGAGCAUGACAGGUUAAUCAAGCCGGUUUGUUCACUUUCUCCAAACUUCUGUGAUUCCAUAUCAGAUACACCAAUGUGUUUGGUUUUAGGUAGUGAAGGAAGUGGCCUUUCUGAAAAAUCUCUGAAAGCAUGUGAGCUUGUGAGCAUUGCAAUGACAGGAGAAUAUGAGUCACUCAAUGUUUCUGUUGCAGGUGGAAUUUUCAUGUAUAUGCUACAACCUAAUAACAAAUGA